AUGACACCAGACGAUGUUCUCCACUCCAGCGAGACCUUGGAGAAUGACAUUCGAUCCUUCAUCAACAAGGUGCCCUCGUCAAACCUUGAACUACAAACGGCAAUGUCCAACGUCAGCCGUAUCAUCUCGACCGUUCCACGACUACAAGAGCACCCUGAGCAUGAUGCGUCCGGCCUUCGCUACGAGCAGCUGCUCCCUGGAGUGGAAGCAACCACGCAACGCAUCAGCAAAAUAUUAAAGGAUCAUCAUUUCUGUCAGAACGGCGACUGUGAUCAGAUCACUUCCACCAGCCCACGACUUGAGGAAGCCCAUGAGCAUGAUGCCACGGGUCUUCGCGACAAGCUGCUUGCCAGAGCGAGAUCGACCAAACACCACGUCAGAAAGAUGAAGAUGGAAAGAUAUCGGUGGUCUUCCACAGAGAGUGAAGCCGUUUUCGACGCGAACAAAAUGCUUGGCGCAUACUGCCUCGCUCUAGAUCUCGCACAAUAUGCCCUUGACUUUACAUCAGAUGCGAACCGCGGUCCCUCUCAGCGGGAACGAGUCGUCAGGUCAUUAAAGGAUGCUGUCGAAUAUCUCAAGUACUGCAUGGCUCAAAAGGGAUGCGGUUCGUUUGACACAGGCGCCUUUAUGGACUUCUUCUCGAGUGUCACCGAAGUCACGGGUGUCGAGCCAGUAUACCCAGAUUCGAUAAAGUCGCCGCGAGGGACCUCGUCAUCACCGCGGUACCACCCUCCAGCCUACCGUCAAGAACCGACAGCAUGCGGUAAAAAGUCGCCUCUGUCCAGCUAA